AUGACUGAUUACAUUUUGCCAGGCCCUAAGGCCUUAUCCCAGUUCAGAGUUGACAACUUGAUCAAAGAUAUAAAUUCCUAUACAAACAGCACUUCUGUUAUCAAUGAACUACGCUCAUGUUACAUCCACUAUGUCAACGGCAUCGCCCAAAAUUUGUCUGAACAAGAUACUAAAUUGCUAGAGGUCUUGUUGACUUACGAUUCUGCUCUAGACAUUGCCAAUGACCCAUUAGCAAGACAACUGAACGAUGCUGUCGCUAACAAUCUGACUAGCUCGGCUCUUGGUGAAGACACGUAUUUGAUUAGAGUUGUUCCUAGACCAGGUACCAUUUCUCCUUGGUCUUCAAAGGCUACCAACAUUGCUCAUGUAUGUGGGUUGCAAGACAGAGUAGAACGUAUUGAAAGAGGUGUAGCCUUAUUGAUUAAGACCGUUCCAGGUUUCCCUCUUUUGGAAAAUUUAAAUGACGUUUCAUUGAAAUGUGUUUACGAUAGAAUGACCCAGCAACUGUUUUUGACUGAACCUCCAAAUACAAUGGACAUUUUCACACAUGACGAGCCAAAACCAUUGGUUCAUGUCCCAUUAACUCCCACGGACACAAAGCAGUCUCCAAAAGACAUUCUUUCUAAAGCCAAUGUAAAACUAGGUUUGGCUUUAGACGGUGGAGAGAUGGAGUAUUUGAUUCAUGCCUUUGUUGAAACUAUGAAGAGAGACCCAACGGAUGUUGAGCUGUUUAUGUUUGCUCAAGUGAACUCUGAACAUUGUCGUCACAAAAUCUUCAACGCCGAUUGGACUAUUGAUGGAUUAAAACAACAAUUUACCUUGUUUCAAAUGAUUAGAAAUACCCAUAAAUUAAACCCAGAAUAUACGAUCAGUGCUUAUUCUGAUAACGCAGCAGUCUUGGACAGUGAGAAUGAUGCAUUUUUCUUUGCACCAAAUUCUACUACAAAGGAAUGGACCUCUUUAAAGGAAAAAGUCCCAUUGCUUAUUAAGGUGGAAACCCAUAAUCACCCAACAGCAGUUUCUCCUUUCCCUGGUGCCGCCACAGGUUCCGGUGGUGAAAUAAGAGAUGAAGGUGCUACAGGUAGAGGUUCUAAAACCAAGUGUGGGUUAAGUGGGUUCUCCGUAAGUGACCUUUUGAUACCAGGCAAUGAACAACCUUGGGAAUUGAACAUUGGUAAGCCUUACCAUAUUGCAUCCGCACUAGAUAUUAUGAUUGAGGCCCCAUUAGGUUCCGCUGCAUUCAAUAACGAAUUUGGUAGACCUUGUAUCAACGGUUACUUCAGAACCUUAACCACUAAGGUUUUGAAUCAUCAAGGAAAGGAGGAAAUCAGAGGAUUUCAUAAACCAAUUAUGCUUGCUGGUGGGUUAGGAACAGUUAGACCUCAGUUUGCUUUGAAAAAUACUCCAAUCACCCCAGGUUCUUGUUUAAUUGUCCUUGGUGGUCAAUCUAUGUUGAUCGGUCUGGGUGGUGGUGCUGCUUCCUCUAUUGCUUCCGGUGAAGGAUCCGCUGAUUUAGAUUUCGCUUCUGUGCAAAGAGGAAAUCCAGAAAUGGAGCGCCGUUGUCAACAAGUGAUUGACGCUUGUGUAGCCCUAGGCAACAACAAUCCUAUCCAAUCCAUCCAUGAUGUUGGUGCUGGUGGGUUAUCCAAUGCCUUGCCUGAGUUAGUUCACGAUAAUGAUCUAGGUGCCAAAUUUGACAUUAGAAAGGUUCUUUCAUUAGAACCUGGUAUGUCACCAAUGGAGAUUUGGUGUAACGAAUCUCAAGAACGUUAUGUUCUUGGUGUCUCUCCUCAAGAUUUGUCAAUUUUUGAAGACAUAUGUCAAAGAGAAAGAGCUCCAUUUGCUGUUGUUGGUCAUGCUACAGCUGAACAAAAAUUAAUUGUUGAAGAUCCUCUUUUGAAAACAACUCCAAUUGAUUUGGAAAUGCCAAUUUUGUUUGGUAAGCCUCCAAAGAUGUCAAGAGAAGCCAUAACCGAGCCACUAAGUUUGCCAGAAGCAAACCUAGCCGAAAUUCCAUCUUUACAGGAUGCCAUUGAAAGAGUUUUGAACUUACCAACUGUAGGCUCCAAAUCAUUUUUAAUCACUAUCGGUGAUAGAUCUGUUACAGGUCUAAUUGAUAGAGAUCAAUUUGUCGGCCCUUGGCAAGUACCUGUUGCCGAUGUUGGUGUCACUGGUACAUCUCUGGGUGAAACAAUAAUUUCUAGUGGUGAAGCAUUGGCCAUGGGUGAAAAACCAGUCAAUGCUUUAAUCUCGGCUGCUGCGUCCGCUAAAUUGUCUGUAGCAGAAUCGUUAUUGAAUAUUUUUGCAGCUGACGUGAAAUCCCUACAACAUAUUAAGCUAUCCGCUAACUGGAUGUCACCAGCCUCUCAUCAAGGUGAAGGUUCAAAAUUAUACGAAGCCGUUCAAGCAUUGGGUAUGGACUUAUGUCCUGCAUUAGGCAUUGCUAUUCCCGUUGGUAAGGAUUCUAUGUCUAUGAAAAUGAAAUGGGAUGACAAGGAAGUCACAGCACCAUUAUCAUUAAACAUCACUGCAUUUGCUCCAGUUUCUAAUACUAGCAAAACAUGGACUCCAUUAUUGAAGGAAAGCGCUAAAGAUUCAGUCCUUGUAUUGGUUGAUUUAUCCGUCAAACAAGAAACUAAAUCAUUGGGUGCCUCUGCUUUGUUACAAGUUUACAAUCAAGUUGGUAACAAAUCACCCACUGUUCAUGAUAAUGUUAUCUUGAAGGGCUUCUUGAAGAGUUUGAUUCAAUUGCACCAAGAAAAUGACAACAUAGUGUUGGCAUAUCACGAUAGAUCUGAUGGUGGUUUACUUGUCACUUUACUAGAAAUGGCCUUUGCCUCUAGAUGUGGUUUGGAAAUCAACAUUGAUGGUGAAAAUUUGGAAAGUCAAUUGACCAACUUAUUUAAUGAAGAAUUGGGUGCAGUUUUCCAAGUCUCUAGUAAGAACUUGAGUAAGUUUGAAAACAUCUUGAAGGAUAACGGAGUUGCGAAAGAAUAUAUUUCAGUGGUAGGUAAGCCAUCUUUCCAAAGUCAAGAAAUAAAGAUUGUUGAUUCUAAGGGUGGCGAUGUAAUUUACACCAACACAAGAUCUGAAUUAGAACAAACUUGGAGCAAGACGUCAUAUGAGAUGCAGAAAUUGAGAGACAAUCCAAAGACUGCGGAAGAAGAGUUUGCCACAAUCACGGAUGAUAAAGACCCCGGUUUACAAUAUGCUUUGACUUAUAACCCAGCUGAUGAUAUGAAGAUUGGAUUAGAACUAUCCAGUCAAAGACCUAAGGUUGCCAUUUUAAGAGAGCAAGGUGUCAACGGCCAAAUGGAAAUGGCAUGGUGUUUCCAACAAGCUGGAUUCAACUCAGUGGAUGUUACUAUGACAGAUCUAUUAGAAGGUAGAUUCCAUUUGGAUGACUUUAUCGGUCUUGCUGCAUGUGGUGGGUUUUCAUAUGGUGAUGUUCUUGGUGCUGGUGCAGGUUGGGCUAAAUCUGUUUUGUAUCAUGAAGGUGUCCGUUCACAAUUCUCUAAAUUCUUCAAUGAAAGACAAGAUACAUUUGCUUUUGGUGCUUGUAAUGGUUGUCAAUUUUUGAGUAGGUUAAAAGAUAUCAUACCGGGAUGUGAAAACUGGCCAAGUUUUGAAAGAAAUAUCAGUGAGCAAUAUGAAGCUCGUGUAUGUAUGGUGCAAAUAUCUCAAGAAAAGGAUAACUCUAGCGAAGAAUCCGUUUUCUUGAACGGCAUGGCGGGAUCUAAAUUACCAAUUGCUGUCGCACACGGUGAAGGUAAAGCCACCUUCUCGCAAGGCGGUGACCAGUUGGACAAAUUCGAAAAAGACGGGUUAUGUUGCAUAAGGUACGUGGACAAUUACGGUAAUGUUACCGAAAGGUUCCCAUUCAACCCUAACGGAUCUAGUAAUGGUAUUGCUGGUAUCAAGUCGCCAAAUGGUAGAGUUCUUGCCAUGAUGCCUCACCCUGAGAGAGUUUGCAGAUUGGAGGCCAACUCUUGGUACCCAGAAGGCAAAUAUGAAGAAUGGGGCGGAUAUGGUCCAUGGAUUAGAUUAUUCAGAUCUGCCAGAAGAUGGGUUGGUUAA